AUGGCACAGUACCCUACUCCAGCUGGCGGGGCCUCUCUCCUUCUGUCGUUCAAGCUGAAAAAGCAUGUCGUGGUGAUUGUAGGAUCGAACACUCUUGCCGCGUCUAGGGCCUUCGCUGCUCUCGAGGCGGACUCGACUGUGGUCGUAGUGGCCAAUGCUGGUCUUGACUCGGCUUGUGAGGAGCUGCGGUGGAGGGCCGACAAAGGCCAGCUCAGCAUCGUGGACCUCAAUCGCCUUCCCUGUUCUGUGGAGCGCGCGGUGGACAGGGACGCCCAGGCUCUGGACGACUACCUGGGCAGCCUGGGACAGGUCCGAUUAGUGUGCGUUACAGACACUCUCCUGAGCGGUGAUGCUGGUAUCCGUCGCACCCGGACAUCCGCUCAACUCAUAGCCCACGCAUGCCGCCUUCGCAACAUCCCUCUGAAUGUCACUGACAUGCCGGACUUAUGCGACUUCUCAUUCCUGUCUACCCACCGCUUCCAAGACCACGAGGCGGGAACACCUAGCUCCCUACAGGUUGGAGUGACCACGAACGGUCAAGGAUGCCGACUGGCUAGCAGGUUGCGGCGGGACAUCGUCGCGGCGUUGCCUAAGGAGGUGGGAGGGGCAGUAGCGAACGUUGCUCAGCUGCGCAUCGACGCUGAACUUAACGAAGAGGCCGGUCCAUCUACUCCGAACCUGCCUGUGGCACAGCGGUGUGCAGACGAGACCGCCGGAGAGAGAGCACGGAGGCGUAUGAAGUGGGUCGCACAAGUCAGCGAGUACUGGCCCAUCCCGAAACUUGCGAAGAUGACUUCGGAAGAUAUGGCAGGCGUUCUCGACGGCCAGAAUUCGCUUCUCACCAAUUCCACGGUAUCAACUGUCGCAAGAGGGAGGAUCUUCCUCGUAGGCUCAGGUCCGGGCCAUCCGUCCCUUCUGACUGUCGCAACCCGCGAUGCGCUCACGAAGCACGCAGACUUGGUAUUGUCGGACAAGCUAGUGCCUGCGGCAGUCCUGGCGAUCAUCCCGUCUCACGUGGAAGUCCGUAUCGCGCGCAAAUUUCCUGGGAACGCCGACUAUGGACAAGCGGAGCUGAUGGAGGCCGCUAUCGACGCAGCUAGACGUGGUCUCACUGUAGUGCGGCUCAAGCAAGGAGACCCGUCCGUGUAUGGAAGAGCAGGCGAAGAGAUUCUGUACUUCCGCGAACGUGGAUUCGAACCCAUUGUCGUCCCCGGCGUAAGCUCAGUCCUCGCUGGGCCGACCUUCGCAGGAAUACCCGUCACACAACGGGGUGCGGCCGAGUCCUUCAUCGUAUGCACUGGAGUGGGCAGAGGAGGAAAGCAGGUUCAACUACCUGGAUACGUGCGCAGUCGUACCUUGGUCAUUCUCAUGGGCGUGGCAAGGUUGCAAGAAAUGCUUGACACGCUCCUCGCGGAGUCGGGCGAACCUGCCACUCGUCGAGAUGGCGUCGCGUUCCCUGCAUGCACACCGAUGGCUAUAGUGGAACGUGCGUCCAUGCCUGACCAGCGUGUCACAUUGUCGACGAUUCGCGACAUCGCUGCUGCCUUGGAGAGUGGUGGCGAGCAACGGCCACCUGGGAUGAUCGUCGUUGGGUGGUCGAUCAUGUCGUUGUGGGGGAAAGGUGACGUCUCCGUGCUAGAGCCCGGGGCUCCAGAGCGCGAUGAAGCUCGAAUUCAGGCUUGGUUGGGUGAGCAGCGGUGGAGGAUAGUUGAUGGUUUAGACAACGGAUGGGCAAAUUUGUGA